GCUAAGAGUCCGGGUGCCGCCGGUUACACUUCUGGGCGCCUUCAGGAAGCACAGGUCAGGGGGAGUGUGUACCGAGAAGCCGGAGGAGGGAUAGCAGGCAGGCCCAGCUUAUGUGCCAGCCCAGUGACAUACAUAGAAGCCUAAGUCAGGCUGAUGAUGGUGCUUUUGGGCGCUCACGUGUGUAUAGCCCCACCGGCUUGUCUAUAUGCUGUGUGGGCACCUGUCCUGUGAGUGGCUCUGGGCGUGGCUGCCCCUGGACGUGCAGUUUCUGUAAGAUUUAUCUCUAGGGGCCUACCUUUCCUGAGCUCCAGAGGGGAACGUAAGGAGUUUAACGGAGCCCGGGCUGAGCAGAUUAACAGAGGCAGUGCCGGAGAGGGUGGGGACUGCGGGUGCCGGUGAGGUAGGGAACCACCUAUCUGCCCCGUUUCCCAGGCAGAAAGGCCUUUUGGAAAGACUGGCGUGACAAUCGUGGCCCUGAAAUGUCUAGAGAGCCCUGGCAAUGAUGAUCACUGAGUGAGUGGCACUUGACUGAGCCUGGGCCGUUUGUUGACUGACAGAGAGGGAUGCUAGCAGUUAGGAAGGUAAGGAGGAAACUCAGGAUGGGGACCAUCUGCUCCCCCAACCCCAGCGGGACAAAGACAUCGUCGGAGGCCUGCAAUGCCGACUGGAUGGCCUCGCUGCCCCGUCACCUCCAGAACGUCCCCCUUUCCCAUCUGGCAAUCCCAGGAUCCCAUGAUUCAUUCAGCUACUGGGUAGAUGAAAAGUCCCCAGUGGGGCCUGACCAAACUCCUGCUAUCAAACGCCUCGCCAGAAUCUCCUUGGUGAAGAAGCUGAUGAAGAAAUGGUCUGUGACUCAGAACCUGACAUUCCGAGAACAGCUCGAAGCUGGGAUCCGCUACUUUGACUUGCGUGUGUCCUCCAAGCCAGGGGAUGCUGAUCAGGAAAUCUACUUCAUUCAUGGGCUUUUUGGCAUCAAGGUCUGGGAUGGAUUGAUGGAGAUGGACUCUUUUCUCACACAGCAUCCCCAAGAGAUUGUCUUCCUGGAUUUCAACCACUUCUACGCCAUGGAUGAGGCCCAUCACAAACGCCUGGUUCUCCAGAUCCAGGAGGCCUUUGCAAACAAGCUAUGCUCAGCCUGCAGUGUGGAGAGUCUGACGCUACAGAUCCUGUGGGAGAAGAAGUGCCAGGUCCUUAUUUUCUAUCACUGUCCCUUCUACAAGCAAUACCCCUUCCUGUGGCCGGGAAAGAAGAUCCCAGCGCCCUGGGCCAAUACCACAAGUGUGCACAAACUAAUCCUCUUCCUGGAGACCACUCUGAGUGAGCGAGACCCGAGUGGCACCUUCCACGUCUCCCAGGCGAUUCUCACCCCCAGAGUGAAGACCAUUGCCCGAGGCCUGGUUGGAGGCCUCAAGAACACUCUGGUUCACAGGAAUCUUCCUGCCAUCCUAGACUGGGUAAAAACACAGAAGCCUGGAGCCAUGGGUGUCAACAUCAUCACAUCUGACUUCGUGGACCUGGUGGACUUUGCCACGACUGUCAUUGAAUUGAAUGACCUCCUACAGGAGGAUAGAGCUUUGGCUAAAUGCUGAUUUAAUUUUUUAUUUAACUUAAUGUUGAAUUUGUUGAUCCAGGCUAGAGUUCUGAAGGGUUUUCUGUUAGGAUGGCCUUUGGGAAGUGAUGGUGAAGUAAGAAGAGGAGGGCAUCUUUUUUUCCCUACUCACAGAGCCAUUUGGAUAAAAUUACAGAGCUUUUAAUUGCCUUUUACCCAAAUGAGACUUUUGAAAAACUUAAGUCCGAGGGAAGAAAGUGUGUUUCAUGUGAUCAAGGUCAGGAGCUCCCCGAUGGCUUAUGAUGUUGAAUGUAAUAUGGAAAUGGGGUCUCCAAGUUCCAUUAGGGUACUGAGUGUCCCCUAAGUGGCGUAGUUCCCUGUUGUCUUCCAGGAUGCUGUGUUUGGCUCAGUGAGAAGACUGAACCUGAAAGGUAUUCCUGAUCAAGAGAAUGGCUCAUCGCAGGUGUAGACUACCCUGUGGUCUACAUCAACCUAGAGGCUUGAGGGGAGAAAGGGUCAAACACCAGUUCUCUCUAGAUAUGUUGAAUGCCACCACUUCUUCCCUGAGAGAGUGAGACAUUUAUCACCAAGGUAUUUCAGCCACAAGCUGCUCUUACAUAGCUUGUGCUUGGUACACUGGUCAACUUCAUUCUUUAGAUAAAGAGCGCGUACUCUCCUUGAUGUCAGAAAUGUGUUUCCCUGUUUUAAAACCCUGAUUCCUUUCUAUGUAUUUGGUUCCUUUCUUAAAAGUGAAAGGAACAAUGAUGGGAGAUCUUUUCAAUGUGGGGCCCAACAAGACAUAGACAUGCAUGUUUGUUGCAUGCUGGAUUUUUUUUUUAUUUUUUAUUUUAUUCUGCAGUUUUUCCCAAAAUGGCUGUCAGGUAAGCACCUGCAUCAUUUUGGCAAAGUCCUCUUUGGAGUGGGAUCCUCACGCCAGAUCUUAGAAUUGCAUUUCACUGUUGUCUACCCAGAACUCGGGUCUCUGCUGUGACACACAUCGCUAAUGGAAGGUACCUCGUCCGCGACAGUGUGGAGGCAGACACAGGAUGCAUGGGAAAGUGCAAUGGAUUUAAGGAGGAGGCUCCCAGUGGGUUUGGAGCCAUUCUGUAACUCCUUGUAAACAAGACUACCUCGGGGACAUUUAAGAUGACUUGUGUGUCAUCAAGUGAGAAAUACGCAGUGUUGGAACAUUUCCAGCUUAUGUCUUGAUCGUUCUACGUUCUGCAGGCUCUUUAGAGCCCACUAAUCACCACUGCAUGAAGGCUUUGAAACUCAAGAGGGGAUUUUUUUUUCUUUCUUGAUAAGAGGUGCCUAUCUAUAAAGAGCCCUCUUGUGUUUUUAUUUAUUUAUUCAUUUAUUUAUUUGUAGAUUAAGUAUCUUCAGUGCUUCUUACCUCAAGAGCACUCACAAAGGAGCUUCCUGAACUUUUCUCACCAGGCCGGAUGCUGCCAUGGUCUUCUCCCUCAGCAGGACCAUGCAUCUCAGGACUGUGAGUGACCUCUGACUCUGCUAUACAUGUCCUGGUUCUCCAUUCACGUAGGGAGCAGUGUUCGUGUGUGGUGUGGUCCAGGUCUGAGAAGCCACUCCCAAGCCACGCACUGGGGCAGAUGAAAUGGGCCAUAAGGAACUCUCAGUUUUUGAGGAAGACCCUCCAUAAGAUGGUUGAAAUGAAGGAACUAGAAAGAAAACUGGGCACGGGAACGUGUGCGUCUCGAUGCUCCUCAGAACUGUCCGAAAAUCCCUAAGGAAGUGUCAGCUUAAGGAGGAAAGAUAAACAUGGAAUCCUGGAUGGAUAUAACAUGGAUAACGCUCGUUGGACGACCUCCCAAUAGCUUCCCAUGUCUAUUCUUCAAUGUUCAUAGCUGGAUUUCCAUGUUGCCUGCAGUGGGGGUUAUCCUAGGGGAGCUAGUCAAAGCACAUGCACACCCCCAACUCUUGGUCUUCCAACCCUUACUCUCCGUAAAGUGACUUAAGCCUGAUCUUUACCUUCCACCGCUCGAGGAGGUCACAACACAAACACCUGUGGGAAAUCUGGUUUAACUUCAUUCUCUUGCAUUUGAACCCCUCUCCAAAGAGGUUUCUGGGAUUUUAUUCUCAAGUCUUUAGGGUCUUCUCUGGAAAAGAGUAAGAAAGUGAGUGCCCUCACUUUCUCGAUUUUCCUUCAAUUCUAAUAUUAAACUCCAGUGACAAGCUCUGAAAUCCCUGGCCUACCCUCAGGGUUUUAUUUGUUGUUAUUGUUUCAGUUUGGUCUUACUUUUAACUCUUGGUUAAUUGCUGGGGACUAGAUUGGUUCCCUUCUUUAACCUGUUGUUACUUGGCAAAGAGAUAAGGAGGCAAGAGGAGAAUUCUUCUCUGUUUUAUUGGAGCCUCAGCUUUGACCAGGUGCUUGGUGCUAUGAGGCCAGGGGUGUGACAGGUACCUGCACAGGAUGCCAGUGACACCCAAGGGCUGCUGACUGUUCAGUGAAAUGUUUACUUGAUUUUCUCCUUUAGUUUUAAAAUAUGUAAUUGCGCUUGGGCUGUACCAUUUCAGUGCACCUCAGUGUUUGCAUGAUAAGAGAAAAGUCAUAGAGCAUAACACAAAAAGCACAGGAAACCGUUACCAAGGUCAGAUGCAUGGAGUCCUGCUCUGCGUGGCGAGUACCGGUGCUCACUCCUUCAUGCUGCUUUGGGUUGCCAGUCUGGCUAACGUUUUGAAAUUCUGUGCUGGAGUUCUGGGAGUUAGAAGGAGGACUAUUUAUAAUUCACCCUUUAUAAACACCCUCGAACUGGCAGAACCUUUGCCUCAAGAAAGAGUUGCUCAACAUAUUGUAAGAGAUGUGUGCAGUCUGCUCCUUGACCUAAAGCCAAAUAAGAGACGCAGUGAUGGGACAGAGGCAAAACAGACUUUAGUUCUGUGACUCAAUUCACAACUGCCAACAAUAAAAACGGUGAGCCAACCACGUUGCUUAUUCUCACAGCUCUGGGGACCUUUCAGAUUAAACAAGGCUAUCAUAUUCGCUCAGAGUUAACUUCAAGAUCAGCUAAAACACUACUUGAUUGAGCCAUAAAAGGCUUUAGGAUUUGGGGCCAUAGUUAUUCUGAAAAGUAGACUUGAGUUUUUCAUGAGCUCCCUGGCCACAUUUCCAUGGUGUUGUGGCAAAGGGGACCAUCACAGGUUUCAGUUAAAGAUUAGAGCAGUGUUUAAAAGCUUAAACUUGGAGCUUAUUAGAGUUACCACGGUGGUUUCAUGGAUACAGAAGAUACACUUAGGAUUGGAGAGAGAGAUCAUGGUAGAAUUGAUGGAAUGAGAAAUUCUUGAGGAUUAAAUUUUAGAUUAAUGUCAGAUCUAAAAGAUCAUGCCAAAAAAUAUAUUUGUUGUGUUAGCCUGUAACAUAAAUUCAGUUAUGUUCCUUAGUGCUCAGCCCAGUCCCCUGAAUUCUUGAGAGCAGUUAAGUCACAGUCCGAAACAAGAAUUGUAUAUAAAUUCAAAGAAAAGCACAAGAUCUGAGCCCAGGUAAGGAUCAACCCUAGUUCUUCUUUCGUGACCUCAUAGUCACAUUACAAAGUUCAUGUUUCUGUUCAAGAAGGUAAUGUGGUGGAGCAUUCUGGAAUUAAAUGCAGUUUUGUGGUGUGACAGGAUUUUCUAUUUCUGUUUUUCUGAAUCUGACCGUAAGAAAGUGCUCCCCACAGAGACAUUACAACCCAGCCAGAAGGCUUAGCGCAAAGCUAACGGUGGAGAAACAGAAGAGAUGAAGACUGAGAUGAAACCACCUGAUUUCCUGGGAAGCAAAAGGGCUAUACAAAUUCAGACCAUCUGACAGAAUUAGUCUGUGCCACAGUUGAAGUUUUGUAAUGUUCUUUAUGGGCUAAUUGCAGAUUUUUACUGGGAAACAGAAAAUGUUAGUGAAUGGGGCACAGCCGCAAGAACACCCCUCCCUGGCUGAGCAAGGAAGUGACCGUGUGCUAACUCUGCCUUGGUUCUUUUGUCUGGAAUAAAGAUGCAAUCUGCCACUUUACUGCUGUGUUGCAAACCAUGGUCAACCAGCUCCCCAAAAUAUCAGGUCCCUGAGGCUGAGGUUAAAUGCCUUAUGUUAAGGGAACGUACAGUUGUGGUCAUUCUUCCCUAUGUGGCAUUGGUGGAGAAAUGCUAUUUGGGUUCAUGUCUCAAAGGUGUGGUGUAGGAUCCCAGAACUUGUCCAACACUGGAGCUGUCAGUGAUACAUAUAGUGAGAUGAGCAGGGCUGAAAGAAACCUGCUGACAUGUCUGAGAGCCCCUGAGAGCUGGGCUUUCCCAAACACAAGCCAAAUAGUCAUGUUAUGACCAGAAGAAACGAAUAGAAAUGAAUAACAUGAAACUCCAAACUGACAGGAAGUUUGUUUUGUAUGGCAUACAACAUGAUUGUCCCUCUGCAUUCCACCAGCUUUCCAGUACACCAUGGCCCUUGGCCUCAGACUGCUUCCUAGUAUUUGCCACCACGCCUUUGUCACCCACAAAUGUUGUCUUGGGUCACACCGGAGUGAACUACUUGGGUGAUAAGUGAUUUGGCUGGAAACUUUACCCUUAAUUCUAAAUGAUACUGAACAGCUCUUUACUGCCCCAAGGGAUCCACUAUCUCCUUAUCCUUUGGCUUCUCCAACUUCCUACUAGAAAUAGUGACACUCACGUUAAGUAUAUCAAUGAGUUGGUCCUAACCCACAGAACACAGUGCACAAUGCUCUUGAUAUUGUUGAAACAGCAGUCUUAGACAUGGUGAAAAUAAGGCAACUCUCUCUAUUCUGCAGUGGAUAUAGUAUUCUAGUCUUUUCUCCAGCAAAACUUGUUCUUACCACUUUUGAAAUCCAUUUCUAAAGCACGUAGUUUGGAUGAAAUAUUUUUCUUCUCUUCACUGGGAAUUCAAUCCCAUAGUCUGCUGAGGCCCCACCAAUAGUGGAGAGACAUUUUCCAUCUCAUUCUUUGUCUUCUCCUUCCUAGGAUACCAGUUUCUCUCUAGUCUCCUGGUCAUGCUUUUGCAUCUGCUGAUUACUGUUAAUCACAGGAUGCUGGCAGAACAUACAAUAAAAGGCACAUACAUUGGAUAAUGUACAAACACCCUCUUAUCACAGUGUUUUUUUGCC